GCAAGGGGCGGGCACAGCGCGCGCGCUCCAACAUGGCCGCGGCCAGUGCGGCCGGACCGGUGGCGAAUGUGUUCCCGUUCCGCGAUGCCCGCGCCGCGCCAGACCCAGUGCUGGAGGCCGGCCCGGAGGCACACGGGCCACUGCCAGUGCCACUGGUGCUGGACAACGGGUCGUUCCAGGCCCGCGCCGGCUGGGCAUGCCCCGGGCCGGACCCGGGCCCCGAGCCGCGCCUGCAGUUCCGCGCUGUGUGCGCCCGCGGGCGUGGCGGGGCUCGGGGCGGAGCGGGCCCGCAGGUGGGCAACGCGCUUGGCAGCCUGGAGCCGCUGCGCUGGAUGCUGCGCUCGCCCUUCGACCGCAACGUACCGGUCAACCUGGAGCUGCAGGAGCUGCUGCUUGACUACAGCUUCCAGCACCUGGGUGUCUCCUCACAGGGCUGUGUCGAUCAUCCCAUAGUUUUGACGGAAGCUGUGUGCAACCCGCUGUAUUCUCGACAAAUGAUGUCCGAGCUUCUUUUCGAGUGCUAUGGGAUUCCUAAGGUUGCCUAUGGAAUAGACAGCCUCUUCAGCUUCUACCACAAUAAGCCAAAGAACUUGAUUUCCAGCGGGCUCAUCAUUUCAUCUGGUUACCAGUGUACCCAUAUUUUACCCAUCUUAGAUGGGAGGUUAGAUGCUAAAAACUGCAAACGCAUCAAUCUGGGAGGAAGCCAAGCAGCUGGCUACCUCCAGCGUCUCCUGCAGCUGAAAUACCCUGGGCAUCUGGCAGCCAUCACUCUCAGCCGCAUGGAGGAGAUCCUGCACGAGCACAGCUACGUUGCUGAAGAUUAUGUGGCAGAACUGCAGAAAUGGCGGUGCCCUGAUUAUUACGAAAACAACGUCCACAAGAUGCAGCUCCCGUUUUCCAGCAAGCUCCUGGGCAGCACUCUGAGCUCCGAGGAGAAGCAGGAACGGCGGCAGCAGCAGCUGCGGCGCCUGCAGGAGCUCAAUGCCCGCCGGCGGGAGGAGAAGCUACAGCUGGACCAGGAGCGGCUGGACAGACUGCUCUGCGUGCAGGAACUUCUAGAGGAUGGCCAGAUGGAUCAGUUUCACAAGGCUCUGAUAGAGCUGAACAUGGACUCCCCAGAAGAGCUGCAGUCCUACAUACAGAAGCUCAGCUCGGCCGUGGAGCAGGCUAAGCAGAAAAUCCUUCAAGCAGAAGUCACCCUCGAGGUGGAUGUGGUGGACAGCAAGCCAGAGACCCCUGACCUGGAGCAGCUCGAGCCGACUCUGGAAGACGUGGAAAGCAUCAAUGAUUUUGAACCCUUGUUUUCAGAGGAAACCCCUGAGGUGGAGAAGCCAGUCGCCACUGUCCAGCCCGUGUUUAACUUGGCAGCCUAUCAUCAGCUGUUUGUUGGGACAGAAAGAAUUCGGGCUCCAGAAAUUAUCUUCCAGCCGUCUCUCAUCGGGGAAGAGCAGGCGGGGGUCGCAGAGACCCUUCAGUACAUCCUGGACAGGUACUCCAAGGACGUUCAGGACAUGCUGGUUCAGAACGUUUUCCUCACCGGUGGGAACAUGAUGUACCCUGGGAUGAAAGGUAGAAUCGAGAAGGAGCUGUUGGAGAUGAGGCCCUUUCAGUCUUCUUUUAAGGUUCAGCUUGCCUCCAACCCGGUGCUGGACGCUUGGUACGGCGCUCGGGACUGGGCCUUGGAUCACCUGGAUGAUGACGAGGUCUGGAUCACCAGGAAGGAGUAUGAAGAGAAGGGAGGAGAGUACCUCAAGGAGCACUGCGCGUCCAACAUCUAUGUCCCCAUCCGCCUGCCCAAGCAGGCCUCACGCUUCUCAGACGCCCAGGCCCCCGGCAAAGGCUCGGGGGCCAGUGGAGGCGGUGCUGGCGAACAGGCGUAGCAGGGGCCCUCUGGGACCCGGGGCCGUGUCGGCCAGCAUGACGGGCGGUGGCUGUGCCAACUGUUGUCCACUCUGAGCCCUCUGGUAGCGCUGGGGUGCGAGCACUGGGGAGAGCAGCGAAGGGACCCUGGGAGUUACUCUUGGAACUGCAUUCACUUGGGGCUCCUGCAACGAAGAGACUUUAUGUGACCUUCUGGUGUCUUCGCCGAACCACGGAUGAGCUGUGGCAUCGGCUUUCCGCAGCAGUAAAUGAAGACGGGUGGAGGACAGGGAUGUACAAAAUGUAAAAAUUGCAUUUCUUCAUUUCAAAAACAUCUUUUUUAAAGAAAAUCCCUAAAAAAAAAUCCUUUAAAAUUUAUACUAUCAGUGUAGACGUUUUUCUGACUUCAUUCAGAAUUGUGUGAACGCCCAGCAGGUGGAGGCCUUUCUCACAUAUACAAAAAAUGGUGAUGUUGGUGUGACAAAAGCAGUCACCCACAAAAUCUCAGGAGCCUGGAUUUAGGGUGGGCCCUCCAUCCAGUGACUGGUGUCCUUGUAUAAGAAAUGACACAGGGGAGAAGGCCAUGCGAAGACAGAGGCAGAGACUGGAGUAAGGUGGCCACAAGCCAGGGAACGCCAGAAGCCACCAGAAGCUGGAAGAAGCAAGGAAGGAUUCUCCCCUUUCAUAGGGAGUAUGGCCCGGAUGACCCCUUGAUCUGGGUGUCACCAAUGCAGAACUGCGAAAGGAUAAAUUUCUGUUGCUUUAGCCACCACGUUUGUGAUUAUUGGUUACAGAAACAGAUGUCCAGGUUGAGUCUGGGAAGGAAUCUGAAUAUGGGUGGGAAGUUUUUAAGCCAUAAGGAAGCAGAUAAGUUGCCCACAAGAUAGAAGAUUCCUAGAAGGAAUAGGGAGGAGGGUUUGGAAAGGGCACAAGACCAGAGCUGAUGGUCCUGGAGAGGAUCCCCUUCUGGGGAUGAGGGAGGCCCCGAGGCAGCCCGAGGUGGUGUAGGGGGAAGCACAGAAGGGGCUGGCGCUCCGAGACUUACUACAGCCAACAGAGGAUCACAGGAAGCCUGACCACGCAACCGUGCCGAGUACUGCAGAAUGCCUCGCUGCAGCGCCUGGAGGGGGAGCCCCCGAGAGACUUGGAGACCCGCCCAGACCCUCUCCCUGCCCUGCUCCUUACCCGUAUCCUCCAGCUGAGAGUUGCUCAGGUAAACCUAACACGCUCAACUGUGAACAUUAGUAACACUGCAGCAUCCUAAUGGGGAUCUGCGAGAAAAGACCAAAUCCAGAAAAUUCAAAGUCAAACUUGUUAGCAGAAAACACUGAGGGAAAAAAAGCCAGAGGAAAAUUGCAAUGUGGCAUUCAGACAUGAAUUAAAUAAUUAGGCAAGCACAUCUAGUCGGGAGGGUACCACAACAGAAAUGGAAAGCUUUGGGUAGAAAUGACCAGACGGAUGUGAAAUGGGAACUGACAGGACCCAGGAAAGAAACUGAAUAAAACCGAAAAAUGAUCUCAGAAACCUAAAUCCAAGAUGCUCAAGGGGGGAGAUACUCACCCGG